AUGUUUGUUUGCAUUCUCGAUCCUGUCAUGUCAAGCGAACUCUGCGCCCGCUUACCACGUAUUAUAUCCUGCGCAUAUUCGCUCGCGAUAAAUUUGUGUUGCAUGAAGAAAUGUACACAAACCUGUGGAGGAACAGACGAGAACGGAAACAUCCUAGCUAUUUGUGAUCGAAACGGGCAUUUUUACAGAUUUUUAGUCUAAUCUAGACCCUAUUUUAAGAUGAUGGAAGGCCUACUAAACAUUGAGCAGUUGCUCCAAGCUGCAGAGUUUUUGGAAAGGAGAGAAAGAGAACAUGGUUAUGCAUCACCAUACACACAUGAAGCAAAUCAUAAGAGGAAACAUCGGGUGAAGAGGCUGAAUUCCAAUAGUAGCCGAUCAACGCACAAUGAAUUAGAGAAAAAUAGGCGCGCACAUUUAAGAACGUGCUUGGAGAGACUGAAAGAAAUGGUACCACUCGAUGGAGAUAUGCCUCGCCACACAACACUAGGUCUCUUAACAAAUGCAAAAGACUUCAUUGUGGAUCUGGAGGAGAAGUCCGCGGGGUUUGCCUUACACAAAGACCAGCUAUGCAGAGAACAGCGCUUCCUAAGACGGAGACUGGAUUACUUACAGUCUACCUUACACAGACAGCGUCAAGACAGUACAGGAAGCUCAUUGGCCUCGGAUGACUCAGAGAAAGAUGACGUUGAUGUAAUCGGGUAUGACAGUGAUAAUCGCAGUAUUGCAUCGGAUCUGAACAGCAGUGAUGGGGAUCUUGCGGUCGCUACCAAAGAGAUUAUCAUCACUGACUUAUAGCUCCAGAGAGAAUUUCUAUUCACAAAGUUUUUAACAAAAUAAUCUUCUUUACUUGCUGCUGUGUUUAAAGGAGUUCAAGAAAAGACUGUCUGUGUAUUAACACCCGGUGGAGAUAUCCGUGGCCACACCCGCUGCCCGGUCUGCUGAGGAGUAACCAGUAAAGAUAUGAAAUAUUCAAGUGCCAAUAAAAAUAUAUCACAUUCAGGAAAUGGAGAAAUUUUCAGAUUUAAAGAGUUAGAAGAAAAGUUAGGUCAUUUUUGAAUGGCGACUAUUUAUGGAAUAGCAUUUGGGCAACAUUUUAUGUCAUUAGCUGAUAAUGAUUGGACAAUGCUUGUUGACCAGUGAGUAUAAGAAGAUAAUGAAUUCCAAUCAGUACCUCGACAAUACUAUUUCUCCCGUUGAGGAAUACCUGUCAUUCAUACUAUGUAGAGCUUUCAUUCAUGGAGUAUUUUCCCAUCAUGAAUACAUGUACAUUGAUAGGAAAUAGUUCAUGAGAUUUAAAACAAAAUAUUUGGUAAUGCAUUCAGUGGAAUUCGAAAUUUCAGUUGCAUGAACACUCACAAUUUGAAAUUGCAUGUGUGUUGAUAAUCAUUUCUUGUUUAAAAAACACGCGAGUUCAAUGUUACGGGCAUUCAGAAGUCCUUGUGUAUUAAUAAUGCCGACAUGGCAGUCAAACUUGUCAUGUUUUCUUUUUUGAUUUUUCCUGUGGAGCUACGGGACUCUGUCCGUCAUACACUGAAUGUUUACUAAUAAUGAUGUGUGUGAAAAAUGUUUCAGUAUUAAAAACUUUUGGGAGGGAUUUCCCUCCGUGAUUCUUAUACUAGUUCCUUCUGUUUACAUCCUCAAUUGCUGCAAUGAAAAAAAAGAGAGUUAAGUUACUAUCACUCUAGAUGCUGCAGUACAUCUGCCUUUUUUGCAUUAUACCUACAUGUACACUUCCUCCGACACAAUUCCCUUCACGUGGUGCUGCAUGGCUGCAUUUGAAGAGCAAAACUAAAGUGUUGAUUGUGAGUGGGCGAAUUAAAACCAGAACAAAACACUCAAUGCAGGUAUACUACAGUGGAUUCGCAUUUAGCGAUGAUUAAGUGCCCUCUAUUGACCAGUUUAAGACAGGCUGUUCUGGAGCUAACUUGCUAAUUUGACAUUUUUCACCAAGUAAAGCAAAGCUUCAUAGUGGCAACUGAUUGAAUUGGCCAAUUAGAAGGAGUCCUAAAUAUCCCUCAUGUUCCAAAGAAUUUUGCACGGGUUUGGUCAUGUAGUUCAAGUGCAACCGGAAGAGUUGGAUACUGUAAGUUCUACUUGGGUGUUCAGAUAUAAAUCAUGCAGAUAAGAAAGCCACUAAAUUCUCCAAGAGACAAAUUGCACUGCACAUAGAAAUAGGUUUAUGGGACCACGCACAAAUCUUGUAUGAUUUUUGUGGCUUUUCUCUUCAGCUAAUAUUUGUCAUGUCAUUCUGAGAGCAUUUUAAGUACAUCCUCUUCAGGGGGACAGUCGUACUAUGAAAUGCUUCCUCAUUAAUGUCAGAAAAUUGAGAUGGGUUAACUGAGAAAAAAAAAGAUAACCCCAAAAGCGCUUGAAAUAUGAUCUAAACCCCCUGUAUUUCAGCAGAAGGCUGUAUGUUGUGAAUCCACUGUUGUUCCUAAGAAUAAAAGGUUAAUAUGUGAAAUUGAUAAAGCAUGCCCUGAGAGAACAAUGUAACUUGUGUAUUCAUCUCUUUCAGCAUCUAAUCUAAGAGCAAAGUCACAAAUGUUUCAAAACCUCUUGGACUUGGGAUUGAGAUUCACAUGGAAGUGUAGUUAACUCGAUGAUUGCUCUUUGGAUUUCGAACUUAAGUUCUGCGGAGGCUUGUUUUGCAGACGUCGUUCUGUGACAGAACAUCAAAUGAAUGAUGAACGUAACAUGUUGAACGUGUAAUAUGAAGUACUGCUAGUAGUAACCUGAAUGGUCCAAGUUAACUGAUGCUGCACAUCAAAUACUUUCUGAAUGUACACCACCUCUCAAAUAAUAAUGAUAAUUGAUAAUAUUGUGAGUAUGAUUGAAAGUGUGAAACCAUACUUCGAUAACUUUCACUCAAGUCUCAUCAGUCAUAAUUUUGAUUCUUUAAUUCAAUAAACAAGGAUUUUUUUUUUCUCUCCCUCUGGGUAAAAAAUGUGCUCUAUUUUCUCCUUUUUUUUAUAAAAAGAAAUCAUUUAUAUUGUAAUUACGAUAAAGAGAGAUAAAAAUACUAGGUGUUAUAGAUGAUUCACUUAUGUAAUAGUAGCUCUUAGUUAUGUAUGGUAUUGGUAAAACUUGAAAUGAAAAAAAAAUAUAUUGAGUCUACAUGUAAUUCUUUUAAAUUAGAGAUUUAAAAUGUCUUGUUUAGCCACGGAUAGCAGGGCUCAAAAGAACCUUGUAUAAGUCUUGGGAUUAAGAAAUUUAGUAGUGAGCAAGUAAAAUUUAAUUAAAAAGAGGGUAAAAGCAAUAGAUGGGGAUAAAAUUUGAGGUGUCUUAUGAGGGAGAGAUGUUAAAAAGAAAGGGGGAAAUAUGGUUAUUGACCAUCAACAUGUAUAAAAAGAAAAAUAUAACAUUCCUCUGAAGAGAGGUGUAGAUGUAGCAUGGUUUUUUGUGCUUCAGUUUUCAUUGUGAUUUUAAAGGUUUGUGUACAGUUAUGCAGCUACAUGCCAUGGUAUGCUCUAUGCUGCAUGCUGCCGUUGAGGAGUUUGUAGUGAUCGUUUCUAGCAUAUUAUUUGUUAGUUUGAGUCUGUCUUGUGUAUUGGUUUAUAUCUGGCAGCGUUUCUGCUGAUUUUUAUCAACGUGUAUUGUGUACGAUACAAAGUGUAUUCUUCAGUGAAUAAGAACCGCUUGUUUGUUUGUUUGUCGUCAAAUUGAGAUGAUUUUUUUUAUAAGGUUAUUAAUAUAUAUGACUCUCUUGCUACUUUGCAAAAGGCAAAUUAUUUUAUAACUUGUGAACACUAUUUAAAGUACAUGUAGAACAUUUUAUGUUUACUUGUAAAUACAGGGUGCUUCUACAAAUUCUGAAAUCUUAAUAUAAAAUAGAAUAGCCCUUAUCGUGCAGUUUGCAAGCAAUCUGCUUUUGAUUUGUCUUUUUCUAAUAUCAAUUUGUUUAAAGGAAUUGUUUCACUAUCAUUAAGGAUUGAUAUAAAGAAGUUACAGGCAAAUACAUGUAAUGAAAGGCACAGUGUAAGUUUCCUGAUAUUGAAGAUUUUUGAGAUUCUGGUCGAAUGUAAAUUGUUGCACGCUACAUAAUAUUUGUAUGGAGUAUCAAAGUGAUGAUGUCAUAGUCCUUUGUUACAUCAUAGCGAUGGUUCCAAACAGACAAAUAGUUAUUAUUAUCAUUUUUUUUUUUUUGGGGGGGGGCUACUUUUUACAAUCUUAUGCCUAAAUCUACAACAUUGGGUACAAUUUAAUAAUAUUACCGUGAUUGGGGACUUUCGAGGGCUCGAUAUUUAUUUUCAAAUUUCCAGGGCACUUUAAACCAUUUUGGGAUGAAAUUGCCUGAGGCUUCUGUAUUGUUUUACAUGGUUCCAAAUCGGUAAUCUAUGCACCAGUGGAUCCAGUCACACCAAGACCAAACCGAGCAACAGUAUGCCAUUCAAUAUCUGCAAUCACUUCAAUCACAGACCUCGAGGCUACUUGAAACUGUUUGGAAUCAGUUGCCAUGGGGACGAAUGACGGUGAUGUCACACUUUCGUCCUCUUUCAAGAAGAAUGUCCACAUAUUAAGAGUGAAUAAGAUAGGGAUAGUAAUUCUUGUAUGUUCACAAGUCAGCUUCCUCUGUACUAAAUGCAUGCAGGGAUAUCAUUAUCGCAUAGUACUUCUAAAAUAACUCCAUUGUAACUGUCAGCAAUACUUUCCAGAUAUUCCUGGGUCCCGUUCCAUAAUGACAUGUCGUAGUAACAAAUGCACAAUUCUAAUACCAAAUUUUCCAUCAGCCAAUCCGAUAUGAGGAUUUCAGUAGCUUUUAACUGUUAUUGCUAAUGUGUUAUUGUAACAUGCUUAAUGAAACGGGUCCCUAUCCCAGUUACCAUUCAUUUCUUCCAUUACUUAGGGGUGUUGCAGAAAACUUAGUUGCAAUUGAUUGCAAAUGACCAACUGAUUAUCAUAUCACUAGGGAAACUUUCUUGCGCUAAAUCAGAUUCCCAAUUCAAUUGUCUUGAUUCUUAUUCUUAAUAAGCAUCAGAAUGGAAAAUAAGAUAUUUAAAAAUUUGGAUUUUGCAUUGAUGUUUUGGGUAUCUCAUUUAGCUCAAGAACGAUAUAACUGUUGUUUGGAGAGCCUUGCAUCAACUUACGGACGUCAUUAUGAAACAGUCCCCAGCAAUUGGUUGUAAACUUGCAGCCAAUUGUUAAGAAUAAUGAUUUACCAGUUUCUUGCAAUGCCCCUGAAGAAAUGUAAUUAUUUCCCACUUGAAUGACAAAGUAUGCCUUUUUUUCUCAAAGUAAGUUAAUAGUUAUCCUUAUUCAUCCCCAUCAGUAAAUUUAUUACAACCAAGCUUGUUAUGAACAUGAUUGGAUCAAAUGAAAAAUCUGUGAUCAAGUAAGGUUCACUGAAAUGGAAAUAAUAGCUGCAUAUUUUGUUGAAUGUGCUAUUACAAUUUACAUCACAUAAUUUCUUCAUGAAAUGCGAAAAGGAUCAACUUUUUUAAAAAGUGAGUAGAAGGAUAAAUUAUUUUAGGAAGCUAUUUUCUCAGCAUUCUUAUGCCAAUUUCAUCUUCAUCAUUGUAUUACAUACCAUUUUCCCUUUUUUUUUUUUUUGGUAGGAACAAUGUAAAUGUUGCCCUUGAAUGAAGUGCUACAUGGAUGUAGUGUAUGAACUUUGUCCGCAGUUUCCAACUGUUUUAAAAGCCCCAUUCAGCCUUCUUGCCUAUGAUAAAUUGUUUUUUUAUCAAGUCCACUCCCACACCAUUUCUUAAUCUUCCUCCAUUUUAUUGGAAACUGAACUCAAGAAGCAGCCACCACAAACAGACUUAUUUAUUUCACUUUAUUUUUUGCAUUUGUACAAAGUGUGAACUUAAAUUAUAAACAGAUUUGACCCUGUAAAAGUCUGAGAUUUUUUUUUCAGUGUUAACUCAUUUCAAUGAUUAUUCUUUUUUAAAGUUUUGUAAAUACUGCCUUUUUCUGUAUGUUGAAAAUAAUUAUCAGAAUUGUAUAUGUCUACAAUAUAUAUUACUGUAGAAAUUAUUUGUAGAUCUCUGCUUGUAUUGUGUGUAAACUAUGAUAAAUGAAAUAAAAAGUUCUAUUUCCACAUAAGAGAAUAAAUUGUGUGAACUAUUAUA